AUGGAAUUUAUUAGAGUCAAAAAAUUUACAGAUCCUUUGUUUUAUGAAAAGAAAUCAAAAUUUAAAGAAGAUCCUUAAACAAGAAUUACAGCUUAUCAUUAUUCAGAUUAAGCAAUAACACUUGGUUUGAGCAAUGGAUAAAUGAUGCAAUUUAGAAAAAAAGGAUUUGAUACUAAACAUUUCUUACAAUCUAAAGAUUAUGAAAUCUUAAAACCUGUAGAGAAUAAAAAUAAUCACAAAGGAGAAAUAAGAUGUUUAAUAAUUGAGAAAUUUUCUGACAGUUAUUAUAUAUUCACAGGUAGUGCUGAUCGUACUAUAAAAUUAUGGGAAAAUGAUAUCAAGAAAGGUUGUAUAUAAACUUUAUUUGGUCACACUGGAUCUAUAAUGGCCUUAGCAUUUGCUUAAGAUAGUCUAUUUUCAGCUAGUAAUGAUAAAGUAUUAAGAAUUUGGAAAUAAGAGAGUGGAAGAGAGUUUAUGUAUCAUCCAUGGUUUGUAACUGUAUAAAUAAUUUAUGAUUUUUCAAUGAAGAAAUCUUUGAAUCAGCAAUCAUAUAUAACAGCAUUUUUAGUAAAGAUGCCUCAAUUUUAACUUUAUGCAGGUGAUACUGAUGGUUCAUUGCAUUUAUUUAUGAAUUCAUAACCAACUCUUCAAUAAUAAUAGACAUAUGUAAAGUUAGAAAAAAGUUUUUUUACUUUCCAUCGAUUACAUGUGAUAUAAAUUAUAGAAGUUGAAAAAGACAAUGCAAUAUUCUCAAUAGCAUUUGAUUAAAAAAUAUUAGGUUAUGGUGAAUCUGGUGGUAAAUUCUUUAGUUAUAAAAAUCCUCAUAAAUGCCUAUUUACAUCAAUUAGAUGGAGUCAAACUCAUUAAGAAUUGAUAGCUUCUGAUGAAUAAGGCAGAGUAUAUUUUAUGAACAUUUCUAGUGAUAAAUAGGUAUUAGAAUUCAAAUUAUACGAAUGCAAAAUCUUAGGAAUAGAUCUUAUAGGUAUAUUCUUAUUAUUAUUAAAGAUCAUUUGGAAGCAUUGGUUGUAUAUACAGAAUAAUUUAUUGAUGUUUUGAGAAUUAAAAGGGGUGUUAGAACAGGAAAUCUUUUAGAUUAACACAAAGGACCAGUUAUUGAAAUAUUAGGUAUAGAUUGUCCUUAAGAAUUUGAACCAAAGAAAUUGGUAUCAGCCUCUUUAGACAAUACAAUAAGAGUUUGGGAUUCAAAGGACAUGUCUUGUAUAUCUACAAUUGAAACAGGUGAGAAAAAUGAAAUUUCUAGUAUGCAUUAUUUAACAAAUGCAAAUCUAGUAGCUACUGGACAUGACAAUGGUGAAAUCAGAUUAUGGAAUAUAGAAAUAGGAUCAUUUUUAAUUAUUGAUUAAAGUAAAGCUAAAUCUAAACAUAAUAAUACUGUUUGUGCAUUAACAAGUUGUACAUUUGAUAGUGAAGAAUAUAUGUUUAGUAGUGGUUAUGAUGGUAGAAUAAAUGUUUGGGAGAUCUUUGAACGUAAAUAACGAUUAAUGGCUAGUUAUAUUAUGCCUUAAUUAAAAUAGUCAUUAUUAGCCAAUCCUAAAUCUACAGCAGAUUCAUUAGGCAAUGAAAUUCUGUGUCUUUUAUUUGAUAAGACAACAAAAAGAAUUAUUGCAGCUGGAAAUAAAUGUACAAUUUAUUUAAUUAAUAUGUUCACUUAUGAACAUGAUGAUUCAUUUGUUGGUCAUUAAGAUAGCAUAACUUGUUUGGCUUUAGAUGGCAAAAUUCUAUUUAGUGGUUCUCAUGAUAAGACUAUAAGAUUAUGGAAUUUGAAUAAUAAUUAAGCACUUACUUAUUUUUCAGGAUUAGAUCAUCCUAUUUAAAAAUUAUUAGUAAUUCCAGAAACUGGAUAUUUAGUAAGUGUAGGUAAUGGAUUACUUUUAAUUUGGGAUUAUCCUAAUAAGAAAGUUGUUUCUAAAUUUACAAAACCUGAAACAUUUAAAUGUAUAGCUUAUUUAGAUAGAGCCUUAUUUAUUGGAACAGAAGAAAACAAUAUUCAUAGUUAUAAUUAAGAGAACAAUUUUGAAGAUAUAGAUAAUUAAUAUUAAAUGAUAGAUGUUAAUUAAGAGAUAGAUGACGAUUAUAUGAAAAAAAUUAUAGAAUAAAACUAACAAAUAUUACAAGAAUUUCAAUAAUAAUAAUGA